UGCAAAUGUUCACAACACUGAACUUCAUGGUUUACUCAAGAUGUGUCUUUUACUUUAGUGUAAUGCUGAAAAAAUAUCAGCACACCCUAGCCUUGGCGUUUGCGGUGAAUGAAAUCAAUGGAAACAGCAUGAUCUUACCCAAUAGAACGCUGGGAUUUCAUAUCUAUGAUAGCCACUUUGAUGCCCAGAUAGCUUAUCAAAACACGCUGAACUUGCUCUUUAAUCAGAAGCCAACUAUUCUGAACUACAAAUGCAGCAAGAAGAUACCAGCAGCUGUCAUUGGGGGUACUGACUCAGAAACUUCCCUCCACAUAGCUACUAUCUUAGGGAUCUACAAGAUUCCUCAGGACCCCCAUUCUCUGACCGAUCAUUUUAUCAGAGUCUUCUGGGAACAAGCAUUUAAAUGCUCGUUUCCAGCUUCUGCAACAGACAAAGGAAGCUGUACUGGCAAUGAGAGACUAGAAAGCCUUCCGCGUUCUUUUUUUGAAACCAGCAUGACCAGUCAAAGCUACAGUGUUUAUAAUGCUGUCUAUGCUGUGGCACAUGCUUUGCAUGCCUUUUACUCAUCCAGAAGGAAAUACAGAGUAGUGUUGGAUAGAGAUCACCCAAGGACUUCUAAAUCACAGUAUUUUCAGACUAUUCCUCUUGCUCUGUGCAAUCAUCAUUGCCCACCAGGCUCCACAAAGAAAAGGAAGGAAGGGAAGCCAUUUUGUUGCUAUGAUUGUAAUACUUGCCCAUCAAGAAAAUUUUCAAAUGAAACAGAUAUGGAUGACUGCUUAGACUGUCCAGAAGAACAAUAUCCAAACAAGGAAAAAAAUACGUGCAUUCCCAAGGAUCUAAAUUUCUUGUCUUAUAAUGAAACUUUGGGCAUCACUUUGACAGUUCUGGGUCUAUCAUUUUCUGUGACCACAGUGGUGGUACUUGGAAUUUUCAUAAAACAUCGGAAUACUCCCAUUGUCAAAGCUAACAACCGGAAUCUCACUUAUCUUCUCCUUGUCUCCCUCUUCCUCUGCUUCCUCUGUUCCUUGCUGUUCAUUGGUCAGCCCCAAUUGCUGACCUGUCUUUUUCGUCAAAUUGCUUUUGGGAUCAUCUUCUCAGUUGCGGUCUCUUCAGUUUUGGCCAAAACCAUCACAGUGGUUCUAGCUUUUAUGGCUACGAAGCCAGGAUCAAAAUUGAGAAAAUGGGUGGGGAAAAGAUUUUCAUACUCUCUGAUUCUCUGUUGUUCCUGCAUUCAAGCAAGUAUUUGCAUAGUGUGGCUGUGCACUGGCCCUCCUUUCCCAAAUUUGGACAUGCGUUCUCUUCCAGAAGAGAUUGUAGUUGAAUGCAAUGAAGGAUCAGGCAACAUGUUCUAUUAUAUUUUAGGAUUUAUGGGAUUUCUUGCUCUCAUCAGCUACAUUGUGGCUUUCUUUGCUCGAAAACUGCCAGACUCUUUUAACGAAGCCAAAUUUAUUGCUUUUAGCAUGCUGGUGUUUUGUAGCGUGUGGAUGACUUUUGUCCCAACGUAUCUGAGCACCAAAGGAAAAUACAUGGUGGCUGUGGAGAUCUUCUCCAUCUUGGCUUCUGGUAUAGGGAUAUUGGGAUCUAUCUUUUUCCCUAAAUGCUACAUCAUUGUAAUGAGACCAGAACUCAACACAAAGGACCAUCUAAAAACAAAAAACUAAACAUUACUAAUAUUCAUUGAUUUUGAAGAAUUUAGCAUGGUCUUGAAAAGAAAGUUGAAGAGAUAAAAUGUUGAUCAGUCAUGAGGAAGUGGAAUGUGUGAGGAAAAGAUGUAGAAUAGUUCCAACUUGACCUCAAUGCUCUUAAAAUGGGGAAAGUUGAUUGUUUGGAUUAGAUUUCAACUGUCUGUUUCUAUAACGUAUCACAAUAAAGUAGUAUUCCUGGAAUUCCUGCACCAUCAGAUUCGUGACCUGGCUCACUUGAAAAGGUUGACGCAGUUACAUAAAGAUUCAGUGACAUAAAAGGCAUACUACUAGGGUACUAUUAGAUAGCACUCCUUAGUAAAUAGUAUCUAGAGCAGCGGUUCUCAACCUGGGGGUCGCAACCCCUUUGGGGGUCGAACGGCCAUUUCCCAGGGGUCGCCAAAGCCCUCUCUCGCCCCCCCCCCACGCCUUCACUCACCCUCACCCUCUGCCGGAUCGCAUGGUCGCCGUUCGCUUACCCCGCCCACUCCCAAUCUAUUGCUGCCUCCGGAGUCCCAGCUGAUGGCUAGAGGGGAAAAAAACUUUAAAUUCUUGCCGCGGGGCUUCAAAGAGCCGCCCUACUCUCAGCUGUUUUGCGGAGGGCUCUGUUGCUAGCUAGCCGCAAAGAGGUAAAUUCCUGGAGCAGAUUUUUUUUCCCCUAGCUAUGCUGAGAAAGGGAAAUUGAAAGUAAGCAGGGUCUUGGCUGCAACGUGACAAAAUGAGGCAGAUAGAUUUCUUUUUCCUCACCAAAAAAGGUAGGUGCAAACUGCAAACAAUGGGAAAUUUAGGGCAAGAGGAGGUUCAAGAUUUUAAAACACAGAAGAAAAAAAGCUCUAUUUAACUAGGGAAUUGUAAUAAUUGAGAUACUAUUAAUUGUAUAUUGUGUUGAAAGCAGAAAUGGUUAAGUUGUGGUUUGGAGGAAUAUAUGGGGGAAAUUAUUUGGUUUAUUAUUAUUGGUAAAUAUAAUUAAUUGAUUUGUAAGAAAUUGGAUUGCAUGGAAAUAAUUGGAAUAUUCAUGUUCAUAUUGAUUAAUAUACAAAAAAG